CUCAUCUGUUUACGAAAGGAAUUUCCUUCAAUAAAUCUCACUUAUAUGUUUUCGACUUCGUUUCAUUCUACUUUAAUUUUUCUUCCUCCUGGGCUACCUUUGUGAUUUCAUCAGGGACGUCGGAGAGUAACUUUAAAGUAUGACUCAGAUCUUUUAAGUCUCGUUUUCUGUGCAUACCGUUCAGGAAUAGUAAUUUUUUACAUUAUGUCCCAGAAAACUAACUCUUCGAUUCUAGAAACUGGUUCUAGGCAAUUGCUGCGAGAGGAAAAUUUCCUGUUGCCGUCGAAAUUCCAGAUAAAUGGAUGCGUCAGUCAGAGAUCUAAGGCAUACUCGUGAAGGACCUAGUCCCCCCAAGUUACGUAGGGUCAGAUCAGCUGAGUUCAAGAGACAUUCCCAUGACGUUUUACCGAUAAUGGAUGCAUCAGGUGGUGAUAUAGUGAAUCCUCCUGAAGUACGUAGUAACCCCCUAUUACGGAAGGUUAAAUCAGCUGAGUUUAAGAGACCUUCCCUUGACUUUUUACAGGAUGAUACACCGGACGCCAGAAUGAGGUACUUCAAGUUAUGUGUACCUCUUCACAAGUAUGCGUCUGAAGGCAAUUGGGAAGAAGCUAAGCCCAUAUUAGAUCACAAUAAAAUGCUUCUGAGUGCUGCCAUAGCAGAAGGAUGGGAAACGGUGCUUCACAUAGCAGCAGGAGCAGGCCAUUUCCACUUUGUGGAGGAGCUUGUGAGCAUGAUGAAUCAGAACAACAUAGACUUGGAUUUACAAGACUCAAUGGGAAACACUGCCUUCACCUUUGCUACUAUUGCAGGAAACUUGGAGAUUGUUGAGUUCAUGUUAAAGAAGAAUCCAUUCUUACCAAAAAGAAGAAGUCGCACAGGUUUCACUCCUAUUCUUUUUGCUGCAUUACAAGGAAGAGCUGAUCUGACAGCCCAUCUAUACUCUUCCACUGUCGAUGAAACUUUUGAAGAAGGAGAAUGGAAGAAGCUAUUCCUCACUUGCAUCGAGUCUGGUAUUUAUGGUUUAGCAUUGAGAAUGUUGAAAGAAAAACCAACACUACUAGCAUUUGCAACAGAUGAAGACGAUAUGACAGCUUUACAUAUCAUGGCUCGGGCAGCAGAUUUGGGAAGUUAUAGGCUAGAACAUCAAAUUCAUCCCACAAGUUCAGGUAUAAAGCACAGUGUUGCCCUUGAACUUGUUCGUCUCUUAUGGCAAGAAAUUCUCAAGAGUGCAGGCUCAAAGGACAAUGUCAAGAAACUCAUAAAUGAACCAUCAAAGCUAUUAUUUGAUGCAGCAAAAGUUGGGAACUUCGACUUUUUGGCCGUACUUAUAAAGUCUUACCCUUAUUUAAUGUGGCAGUUAGACGACAAAAGGCAAACUAUAAUUCAUAUUGCUGUUUUGCAUCGUCAUCUUAAAAUCUUCAAUCUCAUCCAUGAUAUAAGUGGAAGAAAGGAUGUCAUAUUGUCAUAUAAAGACAAAGAUAGUGAAAACAGUAUAUUACAUUUGGCUGCAAUGUUAGCACCAGCAAAUCGACUUCAAUCAGUCUCUGGAGCAGCUUUCCAAAUGAAGUUUGAAAUAUUAUGGUUUGAGGAGGUGAGGAAGAUAGUGUCGCCAUCAUAUAUGAAGAAGAAAAAUUCAAAAGGUGAAACUCCUCAUGAGUUAUUCACUGAGGAGCAUGCCGCAUUACGUAAAGAUGCUGAGUUAUGGAUGAAGGGAACAGCUAACUCAUCUAUGCUUGUUUCAACUCUUAUUGCUACUGGUGUGUUUACUGCGGCAUUUAGCAUACCAGGUGGUACUAAGGAUGAUACGGGAGUUCCAAAUUAUUUGGGGAAACGAUCAUUUAUGAUAUUUGCAAUAUCAGAUGCCAUUGCAAUGAUCUCGUCUUCGGCUUCCAUACUAAUCUUCUUAUCAAUUCUCAUAUCACGUUAUGCAGAGUAUGACUUUCAUCAUUCCCUACCCUCAAAGCUAAUAUUUGGAUUGAUAACACUCUUUAUCUCCAUAACAAGCAUGAUGAUAGCAUUUAGUAGUGCUUUCUUCGUGACAUAUGACCAUGGCUUAAAGUGGGUUCCUAUCUUCAUUUUAGCUCUUUCAUUUUUACCGGUGAUCAUAUUUUUACUUUCACAAUUUAAACUUUUUUUUGAUAUCAUUUACUCAACAUUUUUUUUAAGAUAUCUGUUCAAGCCAAGCAUGCAUAUGCCUCACUAGUAAAAUAGAAGCUAUAUAUUUUAAUGUUCUUGUACCUAGUGUAUAUUUUGCUUAUUACUUCAAUUUGUAA